AUGGCGGCGAUGCAGCAGGGGGAGGGGGAUCAACUGUUCGAUGUGAGGAACAGCUUCUACAUCGGCAGCUACCAGCAGUGCAUCAACAAGGCACAAAAGCUCAAGCUCUCUAGUCCUGAGAAAGAAGUUGAGCGCGAUGUUUUCCUUUGUAGAGCUUAUAUUGCACAGUGAAAGUAUGGUGUUGUAUUGGAUGAUAUCAAACCAGGAGCUCCCCCUGAAUUACAGGCUGUAAGAAUGUUUGCUGAAUAUUUGUCCAGUGAGGAUCAAAGAGAUACCACUAUUUCAGAGUUGGACAAAAAGAUGGCAAAGAAUGUUGAUGUUAGCAAUACAACAUUCUUGUUGAUGGCAGCCUCAAUCUACUUACAUGAACAAAGUACUGAUGGCCUGCGUACAUUACACCAAGGAGAAAGUCUGGAAUGCAUGGCCAUGUCAAUACAGAUCCUUUUGAAGCUUGACCGGCUGGAUCUGGCUCGAAAGGAACUGAAGAAGAUGCAUGACCAGGAUGAAGAUGCUACCCUGACACAGUUGUCAACAGCCUGGGUGAAUCUGGCUAUGGGUGGGGACAAGCUGCAAGAUGCCUUUUACAUUUUCCAAGAAAUGGCAGAUAAGUACACAGCAACCUUGUUGCUCCUGAAUGGACAAGCUGCUUGUCAGAUGGCACAGGGCAAGUGGGAUGAUGCAGAAGGAGUUCUGCAGGAAGUACUGGACAAGGACAGCAACCACCCAGAAACUCUCAUCAAUCUGAUCAUACUAUCUCAGCAUCUGGGCAAGGCUCCCGAGGUUAGCAACCGCUACCUCUCUCAGCUGAAGGAUGGACACAGAGGGCACCCUUUUGUUAAAGAAUAUAUGGCCAAGGAGAAUGAAUUUGAUCGAUUGGUUUUGCAGUAUGCUCCAAGUGCGUGAGAAGAAUGGAAAUGAUAUCUAUGAAGAUGGAGAGAAAAGAAGUUAAUUUCUUGGACUGUUUUUCUUUUAAGCACCCCAUUUAUGGAAGAACAUUUAAACUAAU